UGAAUACUCUGCUGUUAUGUUAUUUAUGUGAAUGUACCAUUAUAUCCAUUUGUCCCAUUUAUCAGAUAUCUGUUAUCCGUUUGCGAUUUGGAAAAUAGAUCUUUAGGAAUCUCUUCUAGAUAUAUUACAUAAUUCCACAUAAUUUGCUACAUAUUAUAAAUCCGAAAUAACAACCAACAUGUCGCAAGGUACAUAUCGACCUAUGAAAUAUCCAUAUACCUUAACCGCGAAGAUUGCUCUGUUUCCAUACAGAUAUUACAUACAGCAUAGUUGGCUGUAUAAAUAUUUGCUCUUAAGUACAUUCAUUAGUGUGCCCAUAUUCUAUAAAAUUCAAAAAUUAUCAUAUUCUCCCGAGAAUGUUGCAAAAUGGGACAAAAUCCAUCGUGAAAUGUUCUACGGUACUCCAGAUGGCCAUCACUGAAGUAGAAAUAUAAUUAGAGUAAAAAAUGAACAUGUGUAAGAAAAAAAACAGCUUAGUCAUUUCUCUAAUUAGAACAAAUAAUCUGUAAUAUGUGAAAUAAAUGGAGACAUAAGGAAAUUG